AUGCAAUAUAAGAAACUUUGGUAUAACUCAUCGCCUGAUGUAAAGUUACUCUGGCUGUCUGUAUUCAUUAGGCUUUUUUCAUAUGGAUUGACAAAUCAAAUCCUGACGCUCUUUCUGAAAGAAAUAGGCGCAUCGGAGGAGAAUAUUGGGGCUUUUAUGUCUCUAACGCUUGCUGGAGAUGUAAUUUUAUCAUUUCUUUUGACUUGGUAUGCUGAGUGGUUAGGCAGGCGUCGGACCGUGAUUUAUGGGUCUAUAAUGAUGGUUUUGUCAGGAAUUAUCUUUGCAUACAGCGAAAACUACAAAGUGUUGCUUUUCUUUGCAAUUGUUGGCGUAAUAUCGCCAUCUAGUGAUGAAGUAGGGCCUUUCAAGUCAAUUGAAGAGUCAAUGAUGGCUCAUCUGACAGCUCAGCAUGAAAGGCCUGAAGUUUACGGUGUGCAUGCUAUGUGCGGAAUUCUAGGAGGAUGUUUUGGCGCAAUAACAUGCGGGACUAUUCUGGAUGGUUUGAGGAAGUUACAGCUGGUUCAGACCGAUUUACAAGGGUAUAAGGUUGUUUUCAUGUUGUAUACAGGGUUGGCAGUGCUGAAAUUGGCAUGUAUGUUAGCGCUUUCGGAUGCAUCAGAACAAAGCCAGGAUAUGGCGAAAGAAGUUGGCGCCAGAGUUACAAGCGAUGAGGAAUCAGAGCAGCGCCCUCUUCUUGCUUCAAAAAAGCAGACUAGCGCGUUAUCUCAUUCAACAGUUGUUAUUUUGUGUAAACUAUUGGUAAUAUUUAUGGUUGAUUCAUUUGGUUCUGGAUUUAUGACUAGUUCAUGGAUCGUUUACUACUAUGUUAAUGUAUUCCAUAUGUCUUCACUGGCACUGGGGUUCCUAUUCUUUGUUUGUCGGUUAGUAAUGGCUUCCUCGGCUAUUCCGUCGACGAUGCUUACCAGAAAGUUCGGUCCUGUGAGAGCUACGCUUAUGACCCAAAUUCCGUCAGCACUAUUUUUCAUAAUAGUUCCGUUCGUGGAACCUCAUCUCGGUUGGUCUGUGCUUUUCUUAAACCUAUAUAAUUUUACUACCGCCAUGGAUGUGACACCAAGGCAGAUCUUAUUAACUAAUCUGGUGACACCUAAAGAUCUCACCAGAGUAAUGGGAAUUGUCAAUAUUGGAAAGACGUUUGCAAGGUGUAUAGGACCGACUUUCACUGGUAUCUUAGCAAACAAUGGUAUUCUGUGGUUAUGUUUUGUUAUAAGUGGAGGUUUAGUGACGCUAUCUGACAUUCUAUUGGCUAUACUAUUUUAUGGGAUUGAUUCUGAGAUACUAAGUGUAAUCAACUUAUAA